AUGAAGCACAUAAAGAGCAUAUUCGGGAUUGAACAUGUGGAAGUAUCUGGGAACUUAUACUGCAACAAAACACUGAAAGUGUCAGAUGCCAGCAUAAACAUCGUAAAUGAAAAGAAUCUGCAAGUAAUUUCAGGAGACGUAGUCUUUGACUUCCUGUGCUCAGACAUCUCAUAUAUUGACUUCUACAAGACAGAUAGCAAGGAGACUUCCGUGUACUUCUUUGUCAAAGGGGAGAAAUGGUCUUUUGUCUUCCGGAAGAAUCUGCCCAGGACGAUAGUGCAGUUCUACGGGAAGGUACUGAAUAUUCAGCCACAAAUCAAUGGCUGGGAGAUAUUAUACGCAAAUGACUCUGUCUGCUUGAAGGGCUACAACCAAAAGAUAGAGCAGUACGAAGUACUUCACAGCUCUGUCAGCAUACGACUACUCAAGAUAGAAAGCAGCAUUGUACUACGGGUAUACAAGGAGUACGAUAUAAUCAGGAAGGGAGACCUGCUGCAAAGCUACUCAGAUUUCUAUGUGGACCAGGAGACACACAGUUUCUCGUGGAGUGUAAGUACAGCAGGCAGUGAGAUGGAGGUGUACAGGAUAAUAUUCAGCUCACUCCCAUCUUUGUUCUCAUUCAUCUCUUCCUUUGUGAAUGCAACGACAAAAGAUGAAGUAGAGUACCUGGAGAAGAUGGAGAUUGAUAAUUACAUGAAUGACACAAGCAGUGCAGAAGAAGAAAGCGAGACAGAAGAAGAGAGCGAGUCAUCUGACACUAAGAUCAUCCUGGAAAGAAAGAAGAAAAACAAAGAAAAGCAGAAAUACAAGCAGACAUCAGGAAAUAUAUUUGGGGGACGGGAUAAAGAAAGAAACAGAGCCCUGGCUGUCACAGAAGAGAAUACAUUUGUCUCAAGGGGCUCUGCCAUAGGGAUAUUCAAAAAUGAGGAGGAAGAUAUUAGCUACAAGGGAACCAUCCAUGCUAUCCUUAGGAAGGGCGAGAAUAUAACACCUGAUAAGAUGGCUGUGGCUAAGGACAGCAAUGCCUUGAUUGUCUCUGACUUGAACAAAAAGGAAAUGAUGUACAAGAUUGACCUGAACACAGAGAAGGUGGCAGAAGUAUGGGACACAAAGGACGAACUAAAAGACUUCUUCUCGUCUGCCAAGGAUGAAAAGGGAGCCCCCUUGAGUAAUGAGUUUGUUGGGGUCUCAAAGAAUAGACUCUUUAAAAUUGACCCAAGAGCACCCUCCCUGAUCGAAGGAAAGUCGUACAGCACGAAUACUAAGUUUACUUCUGGUGACUCCACACGGGAUGGGUACUUUGCACUGGGCUCAGAGACUGGUGAUAUAAGAAUGUACGACUCCCUGGAUAAAAGAGCAAAGACACUUCUGCCUGGGCUGGGAGAUUCUGUGAUAGGUGUAUUCAUAUCGCCCAGUGGGAAGUACCUGGUGGGCACGUGCAAGUCGUACCUUAUGCUGAUUGUCACUGAGGCAGCAGGAACAAGCGGCUUCAAAAAGAGCCUGGGCCAGAAUAAGCCCGUGCCAAAGAAGCUUAUUGUAAGGCCAGAGCACCUGCACUACUUCAAUGGGGAAGUAAACUUCACUAAUGCCAGUAUAAGUACAGAUAAAAAUGAAAAGUACGUUAUUGUCAGUACAGGAGAGUGGAUACUUGUAUGGGACAUGGAAAAGGUCCUAAAGGGGCAUGUAUUCAACUACCAAAUUAAAAAGAAUGAUCAUAAGGUUGUCUCAAAUAGCUUCAUCCCAGGGGACAGUAAUAAGAUUGUCGUGGCUAUGGAUGAUGAAAUGGCAAUGAUCAAUCGCCUCUCCUUGAAGAAGCCCAGAAACCCAAAUAAAUAA